GGCUGGGUGACUCUCAGUGGGUCAAACUCCGUCUCCCUGCUUCUUUCUAUCAGUCUCUCCCUUUCUGUCCCACUCUCCCCAGCACUGAAAUCUCAGAAACCUCGCCCUGGUAACUUUUUGGGACACAAAACUUAGUUUCUUGGAUUUUAUCCCAGUUUCACACCACUUGUGGGAAAGUUUUUGUGUAUUUUUAGACCCGCUGUGAUCUGGCUUAAGACAAUUUAAUGUGUUUUUCUCAUAAUCGACUCGGGUUAAAAACAGGACUUGACAAGGAGUUACAUACUUGUUUCUAUGGUAACACAGCAUUCCCAGAGCCCUUGAAGGACUGAAGAUUAUCAGUGAACAUCCAGCAACUUCAAAGACUAAGGAAAACUACCCUAACUUCGCUGAAGUCACAGAAGAAACGUUUUUGGUAAACUACAGUCGCUAUCUUCACCAAUGAGCAGUCAGACCAGCAUCAGGGAGGUGGCCUCUCCAUCUCGGCCCAAUCAGAGGACAUUUCUGGAUGAUGUCAUAUUAACGUUCACCUCACCAAUGGCCUGGCUGAUGGUCGUGGCCCUUAUCAUCACGUGGUCAGCAGUGGCUAUCGUUUUGUUUGAUCUGCUCGAUUAUAAAACUCUGGCAGACUACACCUCAUACUGUGACGACCCCGUGUGUUUACCUCCUGGCCUCCCUCCCCCUGCCGCCAUUGCGAAGAGAAGUAUGAGGACUAGAGGUGGAGUUCGUCCAAUAAAAUCAAGCUCUGUUGGAGUCUCACCUCAGGAGAGCACUGAGUGGCUGGAAAUGAUGUGGGCAUUUGCAGCCAGUCUGGUAGCUCCUGAUGAGGAGGAGGAAGGUAUUCAUCAUCUAACCGAAAGCCUCACAUCUUUCCACUCAGAGGAACUCUGAAGGACAGGAAGUGGAAAAGAACCAGAGCUGGAGGAGAGAGGACAGAAAGGUUGAGACGGCUGUUACAGUGUUGCACAUUAAAUCGCAGUAAUGUUUUUUCUGUCUGUUGUUGAGCGGUAACUGAUGAUUUAAUUUGAUGAAUAAAAGAUUCCAAAUUGAAA